AUGAGGCCUAUUUGCCGGUCUUCUGUUGCUUGUGCGGCGUGUCGCUACAAGCACCACCGCUGUGACGGCCAGAAGCCAGCAUGCUCCCGCUGUAUUGCAAGUGCGAGGGAGUGCAUCUAUCCUCUUUCGCGCCGCCGCGGAAAGCAAAGACAACGACACGCUCGAUUGGCCUCACCGAUUAUGGGUAAGGAGAGCUGCUUACGACCUGCUCUUCAGGCGCCUCCCAAUACUAUUAGUUCACUUUUGUCCGGUUCGGCCUGGGACGUCAACCCAACUCUUUUGGAUCUAUACUAUGAGUUCUUCCAUGCAGCUCAUCCGUGUGUUCUCCCUCGCCUCCAUCUGGACGAACAUCUUACAGAAGACGCACUUCGUCUGCUUGUGUGGGUGAUUUGUUAUAUUGGUUCAUUAUUCUCAGAAUCAGUAUCGGUCGAAUUGCAGAAGAACAUCUCGGUUGCAUUGAUGGAGAUUCGAGCGGGAAGCCGUAUCGCCACUGGAUUCGAUGUGCAAGCAAUGCUCCUUUAUUCAAUCGCCGUAUAUUGGUGUAACAAGGCGGAGCACGGCACCGCGUUGCUCGACGAGGCAAUCCAGCUGGGCUUGAGACUUGGAAUGAACAGAAAAGAAUUUGCUGUGCUUCAUGGACAGAACAACCCCGUUCUUGAGGAAAGCUGGCGGCGCACCUGGUGGUUGUUCUAUGUUACGGAUGCACACAUUGCCGGCAGUACCCAUACUUUUCCAUUCCGGACAAGCAAUAUUAAUAUCACGGUUGAUCUCCCUUGCGAGGAGCAAGAAUAUCACAUGGGGAACAUACCGCCGGCAAAAAGUAUCAAAGAUUACGACAACCGUGAAUUUUCUGCUGACGAUGAAUUGCAGUUCUCAUCAUACGCAGAACUCAUCGGCUUGACGCGAGGAAUUGAACGCGCUUUGCUUCCCGGAAGUACCGCAGACAUACAGUUAUACAAAUCGAUGUGUGCAAAUGCCGACACGAGUGUCAGAGCGUGGCACGCCCUUCUUCCUAUCUCGAAACGGCGUUUGAUCCGCAGCGACGGUUCUGUGGACGAAAUCAUGUUCAAAGCCCUAUUUAUCAUGCAUACGUACACUGUUGAGAUCCAUCGCCCACUGUCUACGUUGGAAUAUAGUCCCAUUGAAGCGGUGUCACGAUGCGCCCCGUUAGCUCCAUCCGAACAUCUACAGUGUUCUGGCAAGGCAGCAUCAGAACUGCACACAGUCAAAUGCCUAUCAGCUAUUGAGAAUGUUGACCACCUCCUUACACUUCCAACCAAUCUCAACGCUCACUCCCCAUUCCUGAUCUGCAUGAUUGCCAACGUCACCAUUGCACACCUCUCAGCUUGUCGAUACAUUCUUCAAGGCGAAAGGUUGGUCACCAGCCGUGAGAAGAUUCGCCUAACCAUGGGCACAUUGAAACGUCUUAGCGAGCACUGGGCUCUCGGAAAGCGUACCUACCGAGAGAUUGGCACCAUUGCCCGGGAGAUAUUGUCAUUGACGGCACGUCCCGCUACUCUAUCAACCAACACGAACUUUUCACAAGCAGACGACCCAUUAAUGAACCUUGACUCAUUGGAGGCUCCAUUUGGUCUGAGCUUUGACUUCUGCACACCUUCGGACGACCAGUUCUCAAGUUUGAUGUAG